CCUGGGAUGGACGUCAGCCGCCUCCUCCUGGUUACCUUGCUGGCCUGCCUGUGCUUCCUCACUGCCUACAGCCACCUGGCACCUGAGGAAAAGCCCAGAGAUGAAAGGAACCUGAAGAACAACUCUUCCAUGAACCUGUUGGAUUUCCCUUCUGUCUCUAUUGUGGCACUGAACAAGAAAUCCAAAAAGAUCAGCAGAAAUGAAGCGGAAAAGAAGAAAAGACCUUCCAAGAGAAAGGCUCCCAUGAAGAACGUGGCACGGCCCCGGCCCCCGCCGCCUACCCCCUGCGUGGCCACCCGCGACAGCUGCAAGCCUCCAGCGCCCGCCUGCUGCGACCCGUGCGCCUUCUGCCAGUGCCGCUUCUUCCGCAGUGUCUGCUCCUGCCGCGUGCUCAACCCCACCUGCUGAGCGCGCCUCAGGGCGGGCUUCCAAAGGCGGGGCUCCAGGGACCCUGGGGCGUUUCUGGGGCGGGAGAGCUCUGGUAGGAGGGGCUUCAGAGAACGGAGUGGGCGGGGAUAUUGGCAUUGGGGCGGGGCUUCAGGAAGUCUAGGCUAGGGCUGGGCUAAAAUCCAAAUACAUGUAGUCUUUUCGAAA